GUUCGUCGUCCCGCACAAGAGUAAGUAUCAUGUGCAAGUAACUUACGGCAGCAAUUACCCUAUAAAAGUUCCUCCGACUUGAUCAGUUCCUAUUAACACCCCCAGGUCAAGUACAGCGGCGCAUCAUGAGCCUAUUCAAGAUCCCCUUCAUUCUGGUUUCAGCCGUUGGCAUCCAGAUUUCGUGACUGAUCCUUCUCCACCACCGUCAUCUAAAGAGAAGGUGAUGCCCUCGUCGUCCGAAUCAUUCUUUGAAUGGUUUUUGAAAUUUCGCGGUACGAAGUUACUGCAGAUCAGUGUAUGGGCAGCGUCGUUGGCUGAAGUGACUAGCAUCCUGGCUAUACAUAUAGAUCCCUCGCACGUUCCAGAAGACAUUUACGGCAUUGGAGCUGUGCGGUUUUUACGUAUUCUUCACCCUACACCAAUCACCCCUGCUUUCCUUGCCGGAAGUAUUGCCAUCGCGAUUGGCGGCAUAUUGAGGCUUUAUUGCAUGACGACGUUAGGAAAGCUUUGGAGCUUCCAUCUCAGCGUCAGGAAAGAGCACAAACUCGUGACAAGCGGGCCGUACUCGGUGGUCCGCCACCCGAGCUACACUGGUCUCCUUUUCCAAAGCACCGGGAUCGCCGUCAUGUACGGAAGUCAAGGAUCGUGGAUGAGGCAGUCUGGGAUAUUACAAGUGCCUUUCAUGAAAGUGUUAGCAAUGACUAGCUUUUUCGUAUUUCUCACAUUAGCCGCUUGGGUUUCCAUCAGCCGACCUGCCGAGGAAGACCAGAUGUUGCAGCAUGCUCUGGGAGAAGAAUGGGAGAAUUGGGCAAAGAAAGUGAAAUACCGGCUUAUUCCUGGAGUUUAUUGAUCAGAUAUAACACUAGAGGCUCCUCCCGUUUACUUCUUAUACUUGUAACAUAAUGCAGGGAUCGGUGCUUUCUGAGGUCGAUUGUAUGAUGUACAUGGUACACAGGAUCUAUCUGGUGGACCAUUCCACUUUUGUCUGACAUUCAUCAGCGUCACUCUGAAGUGGUGUAUGAAGCAGA